ACCCCAGGACGCUUCCUUCUUUUUGGGUUUUUAGGGAAGAGCGAAGAAGCAUUCCGUUUGAGAAAGCACCUACCAGAGAGAAAGCAGAGAAAUUUCACAGAUCUAAAGCAAGGAAAUUAGACUUCUAUCGCGAAGAGAAGCGAAGUACUUCGGAGGCCGCAAAUACCCAGUAAUCUAGAGGAACAAUCCAUCACUACCCACCAGGCAUUGAUUCGAAUUCUUGCUUAAAAAGCAUUAAUGGCUUCACAAGUUGGCAGUGUAAUUCAGGAUCAGAAUCUGAAUACCCACUACAAUGGAGCUUCUGCAGGGGGCAAGACAACUAUCUCCAAAGGGGUGAAAAAAGGAGGCCUUGGUGGAAGGAAACCACUUGGUGAUUUGUCAAAUUCGGUCAAGCCCUUUUUAAAUCCAGCUUCAAAGAAGCAGAAUUCCAAUAUUUUCUCCUUCACCGAAGAAGAGACUGGUGUUUCUAAAAUCACAUUCGAAGCAAGCAACAAGAAAUCAAUCUCAAAAGCGGGAGAUAAAGUUCAGACUGGUGGCAGAAGAAAAGUGCUUUCUGACAUUUCAAAUUCAGGGAAACCAAGUCUGAAUGAGGCAUCAAAGAAAAAUCAAGGUACAAAGCUGAAUGUUGUCGUUGCAGAAGACAAAAUUCAUCCGAGUGCAAUUGCAGAGGAAGGAUUUCUGCAUGAUCAUAAUGAGUGCAUCAAAGCACAAACAAGAGCUAUGGACAUGGAUGAAUUUCUCAAGAUACUUGGACUUAAUAAUGAUCUUGUUCUUUCCAAACAGCUAGAGACACCGUUGGCAACACCACAUUUAAGCAAUCUGAAGAUUGGAAGUCCCACAAGGCAAAUGGAACUGGAUGAGAUGGAUGAGCCAAUCGCCGAAACUGAUAUUUCUUGGAAGCAUGAGUCAUUGAGUGAUCUCAAUUCACCUACUUGUCAAACUCCAAGAUCACCAAAUGCUCAUAUGAAUUGGACGGAAAACAAAUCCAUCAACUUUAAGUUGAUUGACUCUCCGUAGUUGCCUGAGCAUUAAUCUCUCCUACUUCAAUGUUCACUUUAGGGUGUAGUCUGUGGUUCAGUACCACCACAUAGUGUGUCGGUUUGUUUCUCCUGGCGCAGGUUGAAAAGAAAGACUCUCUCCUUCAUCAUGCCUGUUUCUUUUGAAUUUGGGUAGAUAUAAUGUAGUCAGAUUGUAAUGACAUACUUUUAUCAUUUCAUUAGGAACUGGAACUGGAACUAGAACUAGACAGUAUUGUUGAUUUUUACUCUUAUUGUAUUUGAUCAGUUGGCGCAUUUUAGAUCUUCAAAUGCUUGCGGGGACUCUGAAUGGUGUAGCUACCUGAGUUUUGGUUCGGGUGA